AUUUUGCAAUGUGGGGGAGAGAGAGAGGCCACUUUUUUUUAUGGUUAACGAAUAAAAUAAACCCGUUUUUAUGUGUUGAGGACAAAGAGCGUCGAGCUUUUCCGUGUCAGUGAGUCAUGGAGGAGGUCAGCAAUGUAGCGGUACUCAUCACACACUCCCCCGCCCCCUCCUCCUCCACUCCGUCAGCGCUGGGAUCCCUCUCUCAAAGCCGAACCCGGCAAGACGGCGAGGGCGGCACCUCCCAGGGUUUCCAGCAGAAGCAGGCCGCGGACUCGCUCAUCCAGGUGAUCGAGAAGCUCAGCAAAAUCGUGGAGAAGCGGCCCCAGCGUCGCUGUACCUUGGCGGGACAGAAGAGAGCCCCCUCUGCGGGGGGAGGAGUUGAGGAGGAAGGGAUGAGGGGGAGCAGAGGUGGCUCCCCCUUUAGGAAAAUGAAGAGGGGCUGUAAGGGGCAGCCGAGCGCAGAGGAGGAGGUGCAGUUGGACGGCGGCUGCGCGGCUCUUUCCCUGCCCGUGCCUGGUGACGGCAACAACAACAGCCUCGCCUCCGUGGCUGGCGACUCCGACAGCGGCGUCCACAAGCGGACAGUAACGUGCUAUCAGUGCAGCCUGUGUCCCUUUCUCUCCCAAACGCUGCCUCUGCUCAAAGAGCACCUGAAGCAGCACAACGAGCAGCACAGCGACCUCAUCCUCAUGUGCUCCGAGUGCCGCUUCACAUCCAGGGACCAGGGACAGCUGGAGGCCCACGUCCGGCUGCACAUCGACACUGUUAAGGAGGAGGUUUUGGAAACUCAGGACGGCGACUGGAGCAGCGUAGGCAGCGUGGCAACCGAGGCGAUCGGAAGCUCGUUGGACGGUUCCAGGGAGCUGCCGCAGAAGAAGAAGUGGUACAGCUACGAGGAGUAUGGCUUGUACCGCUGCCUGAUCUGCAGCUACGUGUGCAGCCAGCAGCGGAUGCUCAAGACCCACGCCUGGAAGCACGCCGGCCUGGUCGACUGCUCCUACCCCAUCUUCGAGGACGAGGACGGGUCCGCCGCGAGGAGAGAGGCACCGACCGCAGCCAAUGCGCCGGCGACGACCCGGGAGGAUCUAGUCGUUCUGUCCCCGGUCCUUCAAGAGAAAAGCCUACAGAAGUUGCCCACCGCUUUCAAGCUCCAGCUCUGCGUGCCGAUGGCUGCCGAGAGCAAACGCGACGCGCCGAGUCGUCCGGUUUCUGAUCUCAGCGGAAGACUAAAGAUGGAGGAGGAGGAGUACCCCAUCAAGGACCUGACCUCGGAGGAGCCCGUGAUAGAGGUGCAGGUGACGACGGAGGCAGAGUCCGAGGUGGAGACCGACAGUCCCCAUCACGGUACAUCGAUAACGGACAGCUUACUGUCGUCGGCUCAGAAGAUCAUCAACAGUGGCCCCAACGGCGCCGGCCACAUCAACGUGAUCGUGGAGCGGCUCCCUUCAGCCGAGGAUGCGGUUAUGGCGACAAACCCGAUGCAUCUCGGCCCGGACGUGGACAGGGACAAGAACUUAGGGGGUGCCGAAGAGGUAGAAGAGCGGGCCCGCGCCAGAGCUGCAGAGGGUGAGACUGAGGCGGUCGACAUUGAGCCCUCUGUGGUUACCGGCUCUCCACGGGAUGAGAAUAUUCCCCCGGCCGGUCGAACACGGACACAUUCGGAGUCCCUCCGCCUGCACUCUCUGGCGGCCGAGGUCCUGGUCGCUAUGCCCAUGAGGACCUCCGAGCUCCCCCCCUCCAGCACCAAGGUAAGUCUGAAGACCAUCACAGCCCAGGCACAGAGCCCCAGCUCAUGCCAGAGACUCGUAGAGGCUGGGCAGAGGGUAUCCGACACAGAGACAACAGCCGCUCUGCUGGACCUGGAGCUCCACGGCGAGGGCAGAGAGGAAGAUUUGGGGUCCCUGUGUCUGGGGGAGGGGGACGAGGAGGGCCCCGCCACCAAAGCCGGCAUCAGCCUGUCGCUGCUAACCGUCAUCGAGAGGCUCCGAGAGCGCUCGGACCAGAACGCCUCAGAUGAGGACAUCUUAAAAGAGCUUCAGGACAAUGCGCAGUUCCAAAACGGGGCUGUGGUUGCGGCGAACGGCGCCGGGGGCUAUAUGUGCGGCAUCCCGGGAAUGGACGGGCUGGUCGCGUCCGACGCAGAUGGCGGCGGCGGCCUCAUAGACUACAUCCCCGGAAUCGAGCGUCCGUACCGCUGUCGCCUGUGCCGCUACAGCAGCGGCAACAAGGGCUACAUCAAACAGCACCUGCGGGUGCACAGGCAGAGGCAGCCGUACCAGUGUCCCAUCUGCGAACACAUCUCCUCGGACAGCAAGGACCUGGAGACCCACAUGAUCCACCACUGUAAGACCAGGAUGUACCAGUGCAAGCAGUGCCCUAACGCCUUCCACUACAAGAGUCAGCUAAGAAGUCAUGAAAGGGAGCGGCACAGCUUCAACGGGGACACGGUGGCCCUCACGCCCGUCACUGAAACCGCGUCCAUGGUGGAGGAAGCGGAGCGGGUGACGGACGAAGAAUGUGGCUUGCAGAAGAUGUACAAGUGCGACGUGUGCGACUACACCAGCUCUACGUAUGUCGGGGUGAGGAACCACCGUCGGAUUCAUAACUCCGACAAGCCUUAUCGGUGCUGUAGCUGUGAUUUUGCCACCACCAACAUGAACAGUUUAAAGAGCCACAUGAGGCGGCACCCGCAGGAGCACCAGGCCGUGCAGCUGCUGGAGCAGUACAGGUGCUCUCUGUGUGGCUAUGUGUGCAGUCAUCCCCCAUCCCUCAAAUCCCACAUGUGGAAGCACGCCGGAGACCAGAAUUACAACUACGAGCAAGUCAACAAAGCCAUUAACGAGGCCAUCUCCCAGAGCAGCCGAGCUCCUCAGAAGUUGUCAGCGGUGCUGGAGUCGGUGGCAGAGCCCCCUGCUGUGGCUCCGCCCUCAAAGGACAAAUCACAGGCCUCAGUGGAGCCACUGGCGACAACGACACCCGGCAUAGCGGCAGACAGCUCGGCGGCCAUGCUCACGGACCACGCACACUGGCCCGGCGGGUCCCCAAGCUCCCAGGGGAAGGAGCCCCCACAGCCCCAGAGCCAGUCGCGCACCGGCCAUGCCGCACUGGGCCCCGGCAUGGAAUACUGCGUGCUCUUGUUCUGCUGUUGCAUCUGUGGCUUCGAGUCCACCAGCAAAGAGAGGCUGAUGGAGCACAUGAAGGAGCACGAGGGGGACAUAAUCAGCAUCAUCCUCAACAAGGAGCAGCAGCAGCAGCAACAAGCAGAAGCACAAACAGCAGAGUGAGACCUGCCCCCCCCCCCAUCCCAUGCCCCGCCCUCUUUAUAUUAACACUGGCAACACUGCAAUCUCACAGUGAGCUGCUGCUCACUAAAGUGUAUCUUUUUUUGUUUUAGUUUUACCUCAAGAUGGUUUGCGAUGGAUGUCGAGGCGUAAACAUUUCACAUCUACGGUUCUUUAGUCUAGUUUCAGAAUGUCUUCUGGUCCGGCCGGUGUUCAUGGUGCGAGGCUGCUGUCCCAACGCAAAGCACCUUGAGCAGGUGUUGAGGGAAAUAGUUCAAUUAUCUUCUGUAUCCUUUUUGAAAGGAUCCAAAAAAAUCAGUUUGCGUCAUAUCCGUUGCCAUUUAAAGAGACGCACACAAUGUGUCCGUAGGAAAGUGACUUUGAUUUCAAGAGACAGGCCCAAACCCAAGUUUGUUUCCCAACACACAGGAACAAGUUCAUACCUCACAAAAAGAAACCAUACAAUCCCUCACCAGAAAUGGAAACAAAAAAUCAAAUUCACAUAUUUUGACCAUAAGGCAGCUCUUUUAUUGCUACUGUAAUGUUUAAUGUAUUUAACCGCGACGCCUGAGGCUGUAGCCUAGUUCAGGAGUUACACGUGCAAACUCACCGAUGCCUAAGGGCAUGUAUCGCCUGAAUAUGAUUUUAAUAUUUAUCAGUUUAUUUUAUUUUUUUAUGCAUGUUUCCGUUAAUGCCAAGUUAAAGCGGCAAAUGUUAUUAAUUGUUAUUAUAAUUAUUAUUUGUGUUUCUCUCAUAUGAGUGAGUGUAAUUUUACCUGUCCGAUCAAAAAAUGUAGCGUCUUUAGGCCGGGGGGACGGUUCUAGUCUCAAAGGUUGGAAGUUGACCAGAGCAAAGUUGAUUGAUUGUAGGGCGGCAGACUCGUUGGCUUUUAGGGCAUGUUGACAAAAGGAAUGAUCAAAAGGGAAGCCGGCGUACAGAGGGCGCUUAUUUCAAAUAAACGGUGCAUCCAUAUUUAAAAAUCCGACAUGUGUUGUAUCAAAUCGCCCGUUUCCACUCGUGACGGUGGUGCUAGGCUCACUUCAAGAGUCGGUACUAAAGAGUAUAGUCUGUUCUUUUUAGCUCGUGCAAUUUAUGCUGUGUAUAAUACUUUUAUUUUUGUUUUAUAAUGAUCGUUUGUGUUUUUAAAAAAAGAAAUCCAACGCAAACAUGGAAUAACAGCUGUCCCAGCAGACAAAAACAUGCCCGGAAUAUGAAGGCGCGUGUGUGAAAAAUAAAAGUUUGGACAGCGACCCGUUUCUAUGAGGUUUAUUGGCACACGGUGCUACCGUGCACUCUUAUGGGGUCCACGUGGAAACGCUCAACUCAGCACAGUGUAAUGGGGGUGAAACGGACAGUUCGAUCAAUGCGGGGCUUCGUGUUAACUGUGAUGGAUGGUCUCACUGUCGAGGGGGCGUAGGGGUAUUUCUCAUACAGAUAUGUGGCAGCAAAUGGCUUUUUCUUGGAAGGACAAGAAUGUAUCCAUAAUAUCUCAAAUGAUGCAGAAAACCCCUGUUUUGUUGAAGGAUUCGCUGGCACAAACUGAAACCAUCUAGUCGCCCAGAUGCAUUUUGGGAACAACAAAAAUAUCUUUUCAAAGUGUUGGCCACCAAUCAAUAUCAGUUUAAUAGAUACAUUUAGAAUAUUGUCACUGCUUUACCUUGCUGUCCAACAGCCAAUUCCAUCCACCUAUGCCCUCUUCAAAGUCACCAGACUCCAUUGACAAGAGCAGUCAUUUUACAUUGUGGAACGCCGAAGUCGCACAAUAGCGCAAACAAACUGACCGCUCAGCGGUAAGAACAGGGUCGUCCUGCAAUCAGAGGAUCAGUUUGAUCCCCUGGCUCCGCUAGUCCAUGUCAAUGUAUCCAUGGGCAAGACACUUAACCCCAAUUUGCCACCACAGGCGGUUCCCGCGCGGUGUGUGAAUGAGUACGAACGUUGGAUGGUCCUGAAGGUAAAGUGGCACCUUGCAUGGUAGCUCCUCCCAUCAGUGUGUGAACGGGUGUGAAUGAUGACACGUAGAGUUAAAGUGCUUUGAGUUGUCGGGAGACUAGAGAAGGGCAUUACGAGUACAGACCAUUUACCGAUCGAGGUGGCGGUGUAUCAGCAACCUUCAUGUUCUGCGAGGUAGCCGUGUCUGUUUUUAUACAAGGAGUCUGGUGGCAUAACGUCAGAAAAGGCUGUGUGACAGCGUGGAAAUAUUUCUAAAUGUAGCGUACACUUAAACAGAUCUUUUGGAGGUGUCUUAUAAGGUUUUGCUGCUUCCCCCGUCCCGUUGCUUUGUUCCUUUUGAUGUCCGUUUCUACAAAAACCCAUCUAGUGUAGACUGACAUGGAUAAGAACCUCAUACAGCGCCUACUUUUGUUACAGAUAAAGUGGUUUAGAGAAUCUGUCUGAAGCGAUCGUCUUGCCCUGCGGUGCUUUGGGCUGGGUUGGCUAAUCAAUGGCUUCCAAUAUAUUUUUUGUUAUCGUCAACAAAUCCCAAAACCAAUGGUGCCAAUGGUUAGUCCAUCCCUACCUGGUCUGCGGUCCCAAUCCCACUGAAUGCAACGGAAGACAUGACUUUGACAUGCAUUCAUACCUCAAUUCUUU